CGAGGGAUGUUUCACUCUCAUCACAUGGGACUUUUUUUCUUUUUCUCUCCCCUUUAAAUUUCUGCCUCACUGCUGAGGCCAGAUCCAUCCUUCCCUUACCUCUGCAGCUGCGAGUGGUAUAUCCUCGCGGGACCCUCACCCCUCCCCAAAAGAGAUGGUCCUGGGGAAGGAACUUCAGCCGCAGCAGCACUGCCACAGAUCCACUGUCUCUCCAACACGGGGGGCGCUGUUGCAUCGAAGCAGAGGGGGGAGAAAAAGAAGUCGCUCUCUCAAGUUGCCUGAGUAAAAGAUGCCAGGUCUGCAGGGGGAGGACGUGGUGGCGGCGCUGGGCAGCCCCAUCAAGAGGAGCAAACUGUCCCUGAAGUUCUUCCAGAAGAAGGAAACCAAGCGGGUGCUGGAUUUCUCCGAACCCCCGGCAGAUGAACCUAAAGCGGCCGAGCCAGUGGAGCCCGAGGCGAGCAGCAGUGAUCAGGUUGUCCCUGAUCCGCCUGAAUGCCCGGCCUCACCUGGUCUCAUCCUGCCCGGUGAGAAGAGGGAGAGCCUGGUGCCAUUCGUGGGGCUCAACAACCUGGGCAACACCUGCUAUUUGAACAGCAUCUUACAGGUUCUGUACCACUGUCCAGGUCUCCGAGGAGGCAUAAAGAAACUGUACAACCUGUCUAAAAGAAAAGAGAACCCAAAGGAAGAAACGGAUGAAAGCGAAGAACAGUCGGAAGCUGCGGCCGUGAACCAUCCCGCUCACAUCGAGCUGCUGGGAAGCUUCAACAGUCUGAUAACGUCCGUGGAGCAGCUGCAGUCCAGCUUCCUGCUCAACCCCGACAGCUUCAGCGACGGCGAGCUCACCACGCCGCCUCGAAAAAUACUCCACUCACUCAGGCAACUGAACCCCAUGUAUGAAGGCUAUCUUCAGCACGACGCCCAGGAGGUGCUGCAGUGCAUCCUGGGAUAUAUGCAAGAUGCCUGUGACACAAUCAGGAAGGAGCAGGAGCUGGAGGAUGCUGAUGCGACGGAAGUGAAAAUGGAAAAUGGCGUUCGUUUGGGCUCCAGCAGCACGGACACAGAAUCCACAGCUCCCGCGGAAGAGGACGGCCAAGUCAGCGGCAAGAGGAAGAGUGACACCGAGGUGGGAAAUGCCAAGAAGAAGCCGAAAUCUGUCAAGACCAAGAAGUCUGAUGCGGAGGAAGUCAACUUCGCCAGAAAUAAACCCCUCACCCGCUCCAAAAGGAAGUCCUCCGGUGACAUCACGGUGGACAACGCCCAGGAUAAAGAUGGAGAGAAGGAAGCGGAGGAGGAGGAGGAGGAGGGGUUGAAGAAACUAAAUGGGGAGGAGGAAGCAGGGAGCGAUGGUGAGGGGAAAGGUGAGAAGCCGUCCAAAGAGGCGGACGGGAAGAAGAAGAAGCGGGCCAAGUUGAGCUGGUUGAGGCCGUCCGGGAAGCAGCCGAGCAUUUUCUCCAAGUUCCGCAGCGUGGGGAAGAUCAGCGCCACGAUAGUGAAGAGCCUCAACAAGCCGGAGCAGGAGAACGGACAGAGUGAAGAACAGAGUCCGAAGGAGAAGAGCGGCGGAGAGGGAUCCCCACGAAACAUGGCUGAAGACAAGACGGUGGAACAUCAAGAGGGCCUGGACCUGCUGGAGCGCUUGUUCCAGGGUCAGCUGGUUCUGCGGACUCGUUGUCUGGAGUGCGAGAGCUUCACGGAGCGGAGAGAGGACUUCCACGACAUCAGCGUCCCGGUGCUCGACGACCAGCCCAGCAGCCCCGACGAUCUCUCCGAGGUCUCUCCAGACCCAAAACCGGAGCUGCGGACGCUGAAAUGGGCCAUCGCCCAGUUCGCCUCGGUGGAGCGCAUCGUCGGAGUGGACAAAUACUUCUGCGAGACGUGUCAUCAUUACACCGAGGCUGAGAGGAGUCUCCUGUUUGACAAGACUCCCGAAGUCAUCACCAUUCACCUGAAGCGCUUCUCCACCAACAGUUUAGAAUUGGACCCGUACGGCGGCCUCUCUAAAGUGAACACUCCUCUGCAGACGCCCUUGAACUUGUCCCUGGACGAGUGGUGCACCCGCCCCUCAUCCGGCCGCGGCCAACACUACCAGCUGUUCGCCGUGGUCAUGCACAGCGGCGUCACCAUCAGCAGCGGCCACUACACCGCCUACGUGCGCAUGUCCGACCUGCAACACGCGAAGCUCCGGCUGCAGGGCGGAGAGGAAACGAAAAAGGAGGAAGAGGAGGAGAGCGAAGAGGGAACGCAAGCGAAGGAGGAAGCGCUGGACUACAACGACGGAGAAGUGUCCUUCAGCCUGAACGCACGGGGACAGAGAGGCGGCGGCGCGAGUUUGGCCAGAGGCAAAAAGGGAGGCAAGAAGCUGUCGGAGGGCACGGUGGGGCUGUUGGGGGGCCAGAGGAGUUUGUCCAGCUGCGAGCUCGGGAGCAGCGGCGGCGGCGGCAAACACGCGGAUAAAGCGACGGAAGGAUCUAAACGGAGAAAGACCGUCAACAGUCAGGGCCAGAACACGGAGGGUGGGGUUAAUAAAAAGGAGCCCGCGGACGCAGAGGAGGCGCCGCUGACCUCCUCCUGCAGGGGCGCGGGGGCCUCGGAGCAGCAGGCCCUCAACAACCUGCUGGAGUACGAAGGCAAGUGGAUGCUGUUCGACGACUCGGAGGUGCGCCUGUUCGAGGAGGAGGAUUUCCUGCGGGCCUGCUCGCCGGACACCUGCUCCUCGUCGACGCCGUACCUGCUCUUCUACAGGAGGACGCCGGAGCCCGGGUGCUAACACCAGCACCAGCGGCCCCGAGCACGCCACGUGUUUUGACACGCGAGUGCUCAGGCGGGGAGAAAGAAGAGACGAUUGUAUUUUUGCAAUACUACAAACUUCGCCGAAACCACUGUGGCUGCCCGUUGCACCAUCUCGGGUCCAAAGUCAUAUUUUAGAAAUACUUUGGGAUACGAAUUUUCUACGUGCCAUCAAAUGACUAAGCUUUUUUUUGUAUAGUAUCUUUUUGUUAUUCUGUACAGUUUCUUUCACUCUGGCUUGGAUACUGUCCUCGUCUUUACCUGUAAAAUAUUUUUGUUUUUUUUAAUUGGUUUGGUUACAGAAUGGAGAAGCACUUUUAAACACAAAUUUCAUCAAGUGAAAAUAUAAAAUAACGGAAAAAGGAUUAUUAUUUUUCUGAGCUAAAAGUUUUUCUACGUUCCGUUAAAUUGGAACGUAGAAAAAAAGUGGAGAUGGUCAGUGCUGUGUAUCCAAAACAGAUUAUGCAACAUUAAAAAAGCCAAAUGAAUCAAUCUUCUCCGUCUCACACACUGAAGCGGUGCACAACAGUAAGCCUUUAUUCACCUCAUCAUAUCAGACUGAAUCGUAUCAAGGUGCUCGUGAAGUCCGGAGUUCAGCUGAUUCACGAGCUACACGGCAGAGCUUUACAUAAAAACACACUGAAAUCUAAUAUAUUUACGAGCUUUUGACAUAUUUUCUUGAUCGUGCUAAAAUUCACGUUUAUGCAGAGUUUCUCGCUCGGGGCCUUUUCACGGUGCCAACUCGGUAUGAGUCAACACAUUUCUACUUCUUUUUCUUUCAUAUCUAAUUUGGUGUGUAACUGACAAGUUACAUAUUUUUGAAUGUGCAAAACCAGGUGUAAAAUCUAAAUGGUUUCUAAAGGAUCAGUUCCCAUUAAAGUUUUACUUUCACUAUAAGAGAUGACUGAAGGAACCAGAGAAUUUUCUAAUGUUAUAAUUUAAAUGACAAAAAAAUGGAAAUAAAUCAAUAAUAAAUCAGAAUACUCAGUUUUUUUAAACAUCCAGAGCAAAUCUCCUCUCAGUGAGACGACGACUCGCCUGCAAUUACGUUUCAAUGCAAAAAAAUGUUAGAAAGUUUAAGACAAAAAGCAGUUUAGAAGUCCAGAUUUUAAAAAAUUAAUUAAAUAAAAAGGCGCAAACUAAUUUGAAAAUAACAAAAUCCAGAAUUGAAUCUGAUCAGUUAUAGAUUUGAAAGAUAAGGAUGUUGUCAUUGUCCAUGGGUUUAGAAUAUAUCAAACUCUUUAAUUUUUGUUCAAGCUAAUUCAGUGGUUUAUUAAUAUUAAUAUUCCAUUGCUUUGUGUUUAAAAAAUGAAUGUGUCCGAAAGGCCAAACAUUUUUUCAGGGAUUGACUGUGUUCAUAUAUAAUAAUACAUUGUGAGCCAUAUUCAGUUUAUUUCGCUUGUGGUGAAAGGUUUCCAAAGUGAGGUGUUUUUUUUGUAUUUAACAAAAUUGCUCGCAGACUUACAUGAAACCAGCGCCUGUCCUUCACACUGUACCUCAUCCCAGCUCUUAAUUAUAUUAAUGUUGGCAUUUUGGUACGAUAAGCAAUAAAGUUUUUACCUUCACGUUCA